AUGAUCAUCCCAUUUCCUGUAGGACGUAUAUGGUGGUUCCGCUUUUAUAUGGGGCCUUCAUGGAAAUGGCUCAUCGGCUUUGGUCUCUCACCACCUAGUCUUCCAGCUUGUCCAAAACCUUCACUUCUGUUAGAAACUUUUACAAGGGAAGAGGAACCUGGCUGUAAAACACCGCAUAAAGGGCUGUACUGUGUGGACUGUGGAACAAAUUUCAUGGAAACACUUGUGCCGGAUGAACCUGAGAGUCAAUACAAUGGCAAUGUAGAUGGUGAAGCUCUCAUCUCCAGGAGAUGGCCAUUGGGCGAUUGGGUGACAUAUGACAAUCCUGCAUAUGUAGAUUGCGAUGGGACCCUACACGCAAAGCUGGAGAUGACACUCAAAAAGCUUUAUCAGGAUGUACUAUUCAAUGAUGCAUUUGGGACUCACAAUAUGAAUUUUACACCAAUCCACACAUCAAUACCGUCACUUUGUGAGUGCAAUAGUUUAGGCUACUAUGGGCCUUCUGAUAUUCUGAAUGAAGCUUUUCUUCAAUCUUGGCAAGGUAGUCUUUGUGAAGGUGGCCUCUUCAAGACCAUCUCCAAUGCAGGGCACUGGAUAUUUAACUUCGAGUAA